GCUCAGCACAUGCGUGAUAUGUUUGUACCAAUUUUAGAUAAACUCACACAUCUUACACAUCACUUUUACAAAAAAAAAUACAUUAUUUCAAUUUCCCUCUACAUCGACUGUUCUAUACAAUCAGAAGACAUAAAUCAUGUCAAAUAUCCUGUUUUCAAUCUAUAAAAACCUUAAUAAAAAGUGUGCAAACAGAACAAAUUUUCUAAAACAUCUACCACGUGCUUUCCUAACAUGCAAAACGCCAUAACUAUAGUAGCGCUGCUAAGCGACCUGGUAUUCUGCUGCUACAGCGUGCAACCAUGUAACGGGAUGCUGAAGAUAAUUCUGGACUUUGAUCGUUGGGAAUUGGCUGGCGGAAUUGUCAGCAUGGAAUCGAUUCGUAUGAGGAAGUACAACCGUACAGUAUCUGUGCUCAAAGGAACAGGAACGCUGCUCAUUGAUCUGGAUGAUAAGUAUGAGGUAGUUGAGUAUGGAUUUAGCUUUGCCCGCAGUGCCCUGGGAAACAACCAGUUCAAUGCGUACCCGAUGAAGAUACCGUCACGCCCCAUAUGCCAGUUUCUCAGUACGUACUACCGCGAGUAUCAGCAUAUGUUUCUGAAGUACACCAAUCUUCCGUCCGUACCGGAGGAGGGCCUGUGCCCGUUUCCGAAAGGCACGUACUGGGCGAAGGAUGCAUACGUUGACUCGUCCGUCGUACCGCAAGCCGUGCCGGAGGGGUUUUGGCGGGUUCGUCCCGAGCUACGGUUGGUGGAGACGGGAGAGGCGGUAGCGACUGGUUCGUUCUACUCUAGAAUAACCAAGGAGUGGUAUUAGGAUGUAGUUUUUCAUUGUUUUGGGUCACAUAAUGUUCAUCAUUACGAUUUUCGAAUACAAAAUUCAAAUGCGUAAGUCGUUUAGAAAUGGUACUACUUUUUUAUCGUUUUUAUGUCGUUUUUGCUAA